AUAAUCACUAUGGAGAUUGGUAGGAGGAUUAAGAGACAUGGUUGACAAGAAUGAGUGGUGAUGUGCAUGGAGUACUUCUGUCCAACAUUAGUGAAAAGAAAUUUAUCAAGUCAUCAGGAAGAUCUCCUGCAGAUGGAGAAGAGAAUGAACUUCAGAAUGUACAGGCUGAAAGGUUCCAGAAACCCAUACCUCAUCCUGACACAGGGGCUCAAGAUAUUGGUUCACUGUGUGCUAGUCAUUGGAGGGUAUCCGGCCAUAAAACUGAAACUUACGGAAACAGAAGGGAUUUCAGAGGAGGAGAAAGUGAAACCCUCUCUUCAGAGCCUCAGUACAGUCCUCCAUAUUGUGUGGACAGCAACAACACAUGUUGUUCUGAUGUUAAACCAUCAUUUUCAGGAACUUCCAGUUAUUUUAAAUGGGCUGAAAACUUCCAGUGUCUGUUGCAGGAUCUGGACGGAGUGAAUCUGUUUAAGAAAUAUUUGUCUCAGGAAAAAUGUGCAGAUUGCUUGGACUUCUGGUUUGCAUGUGAGGGCCUCAAGAAAGCAAAUCCUACUGACAAGAACUAUAUUCAACAAGUGAUUAAGUUGAUAUAUAAAAAAUUUAUUAGAUCUAGACUUGUAGAAAUUAAAUCUGAAAUUAAAGAGGAGAUAGCCAGUAAAAUUGGCAAUAAAAUGGGGCUUGAUCAAACAAUAUUUGAUAAUGCUCAAAAAAACAUUGAAGACAUCAUGACAAGGACAACGUACCCAAAUUUUCUAAAAUCUGAGUUAUACCUUGAACAGAUUCAGCUUGUGCAGCAGAGUUCUCACCUCAAAUUGACUAAACAAGUAGAAAGUUCUAUGUUUGAUAGCAGCAGUGGUACCUCUAGGCAAGGAUUGGACAUUUUACCAACAUUACAUGAAGAGUCUCAACUUCAUGUUGGUCAAAGUCAGCAGCCAGUUUCUUUCAUCAGGGAAACCUUGAAGAAACGGCCAAGGUUAAUAGAAAAUGUACCUCGUUAUCGACCUGAAGCUCAAGCUGGGCACUACUUGCAUGUAUCCAGUAAAAUUCCUAACCCUUACCAUGUGAAGUAUGCUACUGUUCUCCCAACCUCUGCACAGGACAGUGAACUCCAGUCUCUCUCAUCAGAUGCACAGACUGAUGACACAAUGUCUCUAACAGAUGGCAGCACUGUUGACUGUGGGCCUAAUCUGUCGUCAAGGACUCAGUUGAAGAGACAUCAACGAGCAGUAAAGAAGAAUGCCAGUUUCAAUAAGGAUCAUCAAGCUAUAAUACCUCGAACUCAGCGACCACCAAAAGAGUUUACCAGUCCUGUGAGUCAACAAGAAUUUGCAGAAAUUUUGAUCCAGAAAUUAUUAAAACUAAAAAACGAAAGGGAAACUCAGGAAAAAAUUGAAGAUUCUCUAAAAAAACUAGAGAUUGUGGAAGAAAAAGCAACAUUACUCUCGUCUGUCUCUCACUCAGUUGGAAGAUUUGCUGGGAUUCCACCGCAGCUUUUAACAGCAACCAUAAAAGAAAAGCAGGAGGUUACAGAAGAAAAUGACCAGUCUAUUUUGGACCAGCAUGUGUCCAGAGUAUGGAACGACUCUUCACAUCACACUCCAAACAGAUCUCCGAAUCAGUUUUCUCCCCAUCCCAGACCUGGUACAGCUGGAGUGUCAGGUUUUAGUCCCUUUAUGUCAAAUCCAAGUGUGAGCUCGGGAGGAGUCUACAGUAGUCCUUACCAAUCAGUUUCAUCUCAUAGCAGCUUGGCCCCACAAAUAAAGGAACGACAAAUCUGUUCAAGUGAUAGUGGAACAGUUCACAACUUCUCUUCAAACUAUGAAACCACCAAAUUCUCUCCUUACUAUGAACAUAGGCAUCUCCACCACCACCAUGCAGAAAUGGGCACAUCCUUGGAACUGGGUAGAGGAUGUGGUGAACCACCAGAGCAGUUCAUCAUGUCACAAACUGACCACCAGCAGACCAGGCGGUCAAAGGAAACAUCACGAAAAUCGGGUAGCAAAAAGCUAUCGGGCACUGACUCGGGAAGAAGCUGUAUUGAUAGUGUUACGUGUGAUCCUACUCAGCCUUGUAGUGAAAGGGUGUAUCACUGGAUGAUGGAGAAUGAGAAGUACUCUUCUCAUGCUCGUGGUCCUGACUCAGAAAAAGAUUCUUCUAUGCGACACAAAAAACCAAGUCGAUCACAUUUCUCUACACCAGCACCAUGUCGGCAAGGCCACUCCAAGAAGCCACUGGCUUAUAACACCUCACGUUCAGGUUCCUUGGAGAUAGGGGUUUCUAUACCCUGGCCCCAUUCUCUUCACUCGUCAAGCAGUGGAAUGUGCCCGAAGUCUCAUCCUUUUUCGUGCGAGUUACAUCCCACUCAGCCUAUUGCUCUGGAUCUAUCCAUGCCAAUCCUCCCACCUCCUGACACAGACACCCAGCUUUUGGAAGCUAAGCGACGACUGGAAGAUGUAAAAUCUAGUAAAACUAGCAUGCGAAAAUUGAGCAAGAACACCUUGCCAGUUCUUCAUGCUCAUUCUUCACAAACUGCUGACAUCACUGUUAUUGGAUACUGUUUUUCUGGGGAAUCGGUGCCUUACAGGACAAAACUUCCUGGGAAAAAUAUUACUCUGAAGCAGUUCAAAGCUCUUGUUAGUAAAAAAGGAAAUUACAGAUACUUCUUCAAGAAAGAAUGCAAUGAAUUUGGUACUGGAGUGAUAAAUGAAGAGGUAUCAGACGAUAGUGAAGUUUUACCUUUGUGGGAUGGAAAGAUAUUUGCUACCAUUGAAUCGGUAGAUUGAAGUGGCAUACACCAUGUUAGAAAAACUUCUCUGAAUCCAGUUCUUGCAAACCUUUGGUGGGUAUUGGUGAGGAAAAGAUUUUGGUUUACCCAUAACUUUCAGAGGCAACUAAAUGCAAUAAUUCGUAUACCCAGUUUUAUGUAAGGAUUACUUGGAUCUCUUAAACUGGGAAACGUCUAACAAAGUGAAGAGGUUUGAGACUUAAAUCCGUAUUAUGUAAAUUAGUAAACUUUCUCUGUUUGUAAGAUAACAUGUACAGUCCAUUUGUAGCUAUUAUUAUUUCUUCUUUCUAUGAUAACUCAAGAUGAUAAUGUUCCUAACUCACUCUUAUGUGAAGGAGGUGUAAAGCUUGGGUGUCGAAUCAGCAAUAACCUGGAACCUCUGCAGUUCGUUUAGUAACAUAUCAGGGUUGAAGAUUCCAUAUUUGUGAUGAAAGCAAGCCGUAGUGUAUCGAUGAUUGUACAGUUUAAUACUGGACUUUUUGCAAACCGUGAAAUUGUCCUAUACAUUUUCUUACAAGUACAAAUAGUAUUAGUGAAUUCUACUGUUUGUGUCAUUUUAACAUUUUCUGAGAAAGUUAUUAAAAACUUAGAUAUAUUUUGAGAUGAUAUUAUUCCAAGGUUCCACCACAGUUAGUUGUAAGGUCCACUGAAAAUGAAAUGUGAAUUUAGUAAGUAAAAAACAUUAUUUAUUAAUUCAAAAAUUGGUUACUAUUUUAGUUUCAGUUUUUUAGAAAGUUAACAUCAGUGAUAAGUAGCAUGAAAACUUUACGAUUCUAAAUUUGUUCACUAGUUAAAUGUUUCAGCUUUUGAAGAUAAUGCAAACUACUCAUGUUGGAUAAUGUUAAUAUAAUGGGCUAGCACUGAACAGUGUAUUUUAACAGUAAGCAGACUAACAGAUGAUGUGAAUGUUUUUUUAUUUAUUACACCAAAUGUUCAAAUAGGAACCUUGUACUGUUUGGAUCACCAAACGUUCAGUUAGGAACCUUGUACUGUUUGGAUCACCAAACGUUCAGUUAGGAACCUUGUACUGUUUGUGUCACCAAAUGUUCAGUUAAGAACCUUGUACUGUUUGGAUCACCAAAUGUUCAAAUAGGAACCUUGUACUGUUUGGAUCACCAAACGUUCAGUUAGGAACCUUGUACUGUUUGGAUCACCAAACGUUCAGUUAGGAACCUUGUACUGUUUGGAUCACCAAACGUUCAGUUAGGAACCCUGUACUGUUUGGGUCACCAAAUAUUCAGUUAGGAACCU